CUGGUCUUUGCCAACAGUGUUCAUUCUCUUGCAUUAAUUUUCUUUGGAUUGUUUCUUCUAUAAAAUUUUCCCCCUCUCUGUUUUGGCACUUGUCCAUAUCUGGAGCCACUGUCCCCCUGCAUUUAAUACUGUUUCACUGCUUGUUUUUGACAUUGAUUCAGUACCCAUUUUUGUCUCUGUAAUCACUCCUUAAAAAAACACCAACUUUUUAGUUUUUACAAAACCCCAUCAUCCCAUUUCCCAUUCAUCUUCUUCUUCAUCUUUCUCUGUUCUACCCCAAAUUUUCUUCUCCCUGUUUUUUAGUUGCAAUGAGAAAAGAAAACCCCAUCUUCUAAUUCUUCCUUUUCUGAAGUCUUCUUUUUGAUGUUCAUCUGAAAAAGGCUUCUUACCUUCAAGAAAUGGAAAUGGAAAAGGGCAAUAAAAAGCAAAUUUCUGAUGGAAAUGUUCAGCUUUCCUUGAAGCAGGAGAUUCUACAGCUCGAAGAACAAUUACAAAGUCAGUUCGCCACUCGCCAUGCCUUGGAGAAAGCAAUCAAUUUUCAGCCUCUCUCUUUUCACUCUGCUUUUCACUCUGCUACCGAAAACUCAAUCCCAAAGGCUGAGAUGGCACUGAUUAAACAAAUAGCGGUCUUGGAGUUGGAAGUUGUUUAUUUGGAAAAGUAUCUUCUGUCGCUAUACCGUCGAACUUUCAACCAACAUGUAUCCUCUUUUUCCACCAUGGAUGAUAGGCUCGAAUCGUAUACCGAACCUCAUAUUGCAAUCGAAGGAGAACAUUCUUUCAUUAAUUCCAGCCAUAUUGUGUCACCGGAAACUUUAUCUCAUAAUCAAUCAAAAGGAAGAAAUGAAGUUGAGGAACCAGAGAAGCUGUCACUCUUACAUCGCAGCUAUUCGUCUCUGUCGCAGAGAUCGCUCAGUUCAUCUAGAAACUACCCUCUGUCAGCUAAAGCAGUAGAUUCAUUCCAUUCCCUUCCAUUAUCAAUGCUGGAGCAAUCUCGAAUUGAUGCUCCGAAUUCUACGAGCCUUGGGGAGCAUCUCGGUGCCUGUAUAUCUAAUCGAGCAGAUGAGUCGCCUAACUGGCUUUCUGAGGAGAUGAUCAAGUCCAUCUCUGCAAUAUACCUUGAACUUGCAGAACCUCCUUUGAUGAAUCACAACAAUCCUUCUCCAAUCUCACCUUUGUCAUCCGUGUAUGAACUUUCUUCACAAGACUUUGGUAGUAUGAGGAACUACGAGAAGUCGUUCAACUCGCAUUUCGAGAACCCUUUUUACACUGAAGAAUUUAGUCACACAAUGUUGAGGGUGCAAUGGAUUUCUAGAGAAAGAAAGGACUCAGAUAUCAACCAAAUGCUACAAGGUUUCAGGUCUCUUAUUUUUCGGCUCAAAGAAGUCGACCUCAAAGUGAUGAAACACGACGAAAAGCUUGCGUUUUGGAUUAAUGUACACAAUACACUGGUAAUGCAUGCUUAUUUGCAAUAUGGGAUCCCUAAAAAUAGUUUGAAGAGAAUAUCUUUGAUACUCAAGGCUGCAUACGAUAUUGGGGGCCACAUAAUAAGUGUAGACAUGAUACAAAGCUCAAUUCUUGGGUGUCGUUUGCCUCGUUUGGGACAGUGGCUGCACCUGUUCCUCUCAUCGAAAACGAAAUUUAAGGUCACUGAUGCACAGAAAUCCUUUCCAAUCAACCACCCCGAACCUCGGUUAUACUUUGCUCUAUGUUGUGGGAGUCAUUCUGAUCCAGCGGUCCGUAUCUAUACGGCCAAGAGGGUGAAUGAGGAGCUGGAGGUUGCAAAAGAAGACUACAUCCUUUCAAAUUUGAGGGCACACAAAGGGCAGAGAAUUCUACUCCCAAAGAUUGUGGAGUCUUUUGCCAAGGAUUCUGGUUUGUGCCUGGAAGAUUUGGAGAACAUUGUGGAGCGUCUAAGGUCCGACAGGCGGAUAAAAGACAUUCAGCAGCGGCAACGAAAGAAGUUUUGGAAGAGUAUUGGAUGGAUACCUCACAACUUCAGCUUCAGCUUUCUGCUGCCCAAAGAAUUGGCAUGCCAAUCCUUGUCUUGAUAGUUUCAUACGCAAGUUGGUCAAUGAUUUCUAAUCGGAUGGUGCGAAUCCGAAGUAUUUUUGUUGGGGGAGAUUCGAUCUUGGAGCUACAUCAACACAUCGGGUUGGCGUACAAGGAUGCCUAGGUUGAGGGCUAUAUCCAUUUAUGUAAUUUGAUAUGGUUGCAGCUUGGAAUGACAGAUGAAUCACAGCCAUAGCCUUUGUGGUUGAGGAGAGUUUUGGUAAAGAAAAGGAAGGGCCAACCAAGAAGAGGCUCAUGCUGUUGAAUCCAAAAGGAAAAGAAAUGGUGAUUUUUGGACAAAAAAGUUGAGCUAUUUGAUUGGUAAAAAAUAGGAGUAGCAGGUUAUGAUUCAACUGUCAUCCUAAGAUGUCCUGUCUGAUGUCUAUUUUUGUUGAUGUAAUGUAUUAAAAUGCUGCAAGUUUUGGAGACAUUCAUUGAUUUUGACAAUUAUCUGCUCAAAGGAAGCUUGCCAAUUGGUUGUUUCCCAUUUGAUACAUCUGAGGAUACAUUUUUGCCCAUUUGGUUGUUUCC